AUGACAACUACAUUUUUCGCGCCAAGUUUUAAUACAGGAUUUGCUGAUGCUGCUGCUGCUGCUAAACCUCAACAAAAUCUUAAUAGCGACAAUAUAUUUCAUCCAGACACAUCAAAUCUUUCAUUUUCAUUUGAUCCAUAUUUGAGAAAAGAACAUCGUUUUGGCCUUGAUCCGAAUCGACCAAUAUGUCGUUAUUACGCACAUGGAAACUGUCCGCGUGGUAAAGAGUGCCCAGACAAACAUAUUUUACCCUCAUAUUCAAAUAAAAUUGUGUGCAAGCACUGGCUGCGUGGACUAUGUAAAAAGGGUGACAGUUGUGAAUUUUUGCACGAGUACAAUCUGCGAAAAAUGCCCGAAUGUUUAUUUUUUUCGCGUAAUGGGUAUUGCACACAGUCACCAGACUGUUUGUACCUUCAUAUUGAUCCACUUAGCAAAAUUGCACCUUGUCCAAACUACGAGAAAGGGUUUUGUAAGCUGGGCCCAGAAUGCCCUAAAAGACACAUUCGUAAGACAAUUUGUCCUAGAUAUCUUACAGGGUUUUGUCCUCUUGGACCAAGGUGUGAUGCUGGUGCUCAUCCAAAGUUUGUGGGCAUUACCGACUCGAUGCGUAUUACAAUGGAUAAAAAGCCAAUUCCCGAGCACAUUCGAGAAAAUCUCGAAAAACUUGCGGAUUAA